AUGGGAAGCAAAAAAGCAAGCGUUUCAAAGUUGAAUGGGAAGACAUUACAAGCCAUUGCUGACUACAUUAAGAGUGGAUCAGCGAAAAAGAUCAUUGUAAUGAGUGGAGCAGGCAUUUCGACAGCUGCUGGUAUCCCUGACUUCCGAACCAAAGGCACUGGUCUCUAUGACAACCUUCAAAAGUUCGACCUUCCUUACCCCGAAGCCAUAUUUGAUAUCGAGUACUUUCCAGAAAAACCAGAGCCGUUUUAUGCAUUAGCCAAAGAGAUCUAUCCUGGAAAGUUCUAUCCUACCAAGACGCAUUACUUUAUUCGUUUACUCCACGAGAAGGGAUUGUUGUUACGCAACUUUACACAAAACAUCGAUACGCUUGAACGACUGGCAGGAUUGGAUGAGGAUCUGAUCGUUGAGGCGCAUGGGAGCUUUGCAACAGCGUCAUGUAUUGAAUGCAAUGUGAAGGCUGAUACAGAGAUGCUUCGCAAAAAGGUGGCAGAAGGAGUGGUGGCACGUUGCGAGGAGUGUGAUGGUCUUAUCAAGCCGGAUAUCACCUUUUUUGGCGAGAAUUUGCCUUCCAGAUUCUUUGAUUUACUCGAUGAUUUCGAUGAAGCCGAUUUACUUAUCAUUAUUGGAACAAGUCUUCAAGUACAACCCUUUGCAUCUCUCAUUGACAAUGCACGUGAUGAUACCCCUCGAUUAUUGAUUAACAAAGAACUUGCAGGUGUAUAUCAUACAUCAAAGAGUGGUUUUGAUUUUCGAUGGAAGUAUCACAAGCGGGAUGUUGCCCAUUUGGGUGAUUGCGAUGUUGGAGUUGAAGAACUAGCUAGUUUAUUGGGAUGGAAGGAGGAUCUAGAGAGAUUAUAUACAAAGGGUAAUGCAAAGCUAAAAGCACAAUGGGAGGCAUACAAGGAAGAAGAAGAAGAAGAGGAGGAGGAACCAUCACCCACUGAAGAACCAGAUCAAGAAGUCGAAGCCCUUGCAGAGGAACUUGAGAAGCGAUUAAAGGUGCCAAGUAGUCCAAAAGAGAGUGAGAAGCAACUAAAGGAUAAAGAACAAGUAAAGGAUAAGAUCACAAGUAACGAGUGGAACGGUUAA